ACGAUAAAAAUAAGGCUACUUGAUUGUUGCUUAUAUAUUUUCCUUGCGUAGUAUUUUUGCCAAAUUUUCUAAGAGUACAUUUCAGCUUUACAAUAGUAAUUAUAUUUCAAAAUCAUCUGUGUAUGAACGAUAAUUAUAUCAGUAUUGUCAGUUAAGUUUAAUAAAUCUAAAAUCAUAACCUACAAUCAAACUGAUGAAUUUAUUCAUUUUCUAUAUCUGAAUUGGUGAAGCAAGAUUCAUUUUCCUGGGAAAUAAAUUUCAAAAAUUCUAAUAUCGAAUAUGAAUAUUAUUCACUGUGCUGCCACGCACAGAAGCAGCUCGAUGGCAGCCAAAAAGUUGAUCUACCCAGCGGCAGACCGCAACAAGGAGCCAAUAUUGUCGGUGCUCCACCAAUACAUUCGACGCGGUUCAGAACAGAGACUGCUAGAGAUUUCGUCGGGUUCGGGGCAGCAUGUGGCGCAUUUUGCACCUUACUUUCCCCAGGUGACGUUCUACCCAUCGGAGUGCGAGCCUCACCUUCUCGAAAGCAUUGCCGCGCACGCUCACGGCCUGAGCAAUGUUGCCGAGCCAGUGCACAUCGACAUCACCACCGAUUACCGAACUUGGCCCGGGGACAUCUUUCGUGAGAACAGCUUUGACUACAUUUACAGCGCAAACCUCAUGCACAUCGCACCUUUCCGCUGCUCCGAGGGUCUUUUCCGAAAUGCCGGCCAGAUCUUGAAGUCCGAUGGAAUUCUGUUCACUUAUGGACCUUAUGCCGUCAGUGGCAAGUUGUGGCCAGAGAGUAACGUCAGGUUCGAUCAGAACUUGAAAUCGCAGAAUCCAGAGUGGGGCGUACGGGAUAUCGAGGACUUGAAGAAACUCGCUGCGAUGAACGGCAUUCAGCUUUUCGAGACUAUUGAGAUGCCGGCUAAUAAUAAGACUUUAAUCUGGCAAAAGACCAGUAAAAUACCUACGCAUUCCAAUGUUUUCUGAAUCUCUGUAUCAUUAUCCUUCUUUUUAACAUCAUAAGUUUUCACUCUCGAUGUCCAAUUGUCUUUGACAACAAACUUCUUACCUAUUUUCUAAUUUCUUUCGAAAAAUUUUUCAUACUUGUUAAAAAUCAGAUCUGAUAUUAUAAAUUAAACUUUUAUUUAAAAUCUCGAGUUUUCUUUUUAUACUGCUCUUUAUUUGCGUACAGUAAUUUUUACUCAAGCGUAAGUCAAUACAUUCAAUAAUUCAUUAUAAAUGAUCGAUCAAUAUGUAUGCAUGAUUCCAAUACUUGCGGAAAUAAACGAUCUACCUGAAA